GGACAGCUUCUCCAGCAGGGGAUAACUCCAUGGCACGUAGUGCUCCCAGAGUUUUCAUCCUCGUCUCGGGACUAUUCGCGUAAGGCCAGGGGCACUCUGUCCAUCAUUGCCGACUUGCCCGGGCUCUCUGGACAGUGAUCGGAAUUUGAUCCUGUGUCCAGAAAAGAGCCGACGAAGUCGACGGGGAAAAUAAAAUGAGCAAAAAUGAGUUGCCCAGCUUGGUAGUUCGGAGCCACCACCGAGUUUCUUACUGAAGCGAAAAUGCUUCCUGUUUGCUCCGCCACCGUCGCCGGCAGUCACCACCCGCAGGUCUAUUUUAGUGGUGGGCUGAGAAAUCCUGGAUUAGGAAGGUGGCUUGUUGAAGAGAAGUAUCUUCCAGAAGAAAAGCUAACUUUUUUCACUUCCAGUGGUGUUCAUGCUCGGGGUGCUUUCUCCAAAGUACAUGCUACAAAGUUUGACUUUUCUUAUGUUGAAAGAUAUGACCCAUCACAUCAAAAGAGCUUUGAUGAAGACUUAUUGUAUAUGAACUCCAUUGGUAACUCUAUCGAAGGUCAGGAUCUUGCCUUCUAUGGUGAAGAAACAAGUAAACAUUUAAAUUCAGGUGAACCACUCAAACAUGGUUAUUCAUUGAUAUCUACAGGGAGAAUCUAUUACAUAGAUGAUGCCCUGGACACCAGUGAAAGUAGCAGCAUACCUAGAACCCUAGAUGAUGCAUCUAGUUCAGGAACUUCUUUGAUGAAUGAAAUUACAAAACCAAAUACCACUGGCUCUUUCGAGCUGCCACCUGAGCCUGCAAAUUCUCUGAAUGAAUUUACAAGUCAAAAUGGUGCUGCAGGACCAGAAACAUUUCCAUCUAUAGAGUUACAGUCUGUUGGUCCCGGUGAGCCUUCAAAUUUUGCCUCUGUACCCCUUCAAGAUGGUGAAAAUAUGUUAUCUGAUUCCGUGGUUCCUGAGUCUUCAUCUCUCACACAAGCUCCAACUGAAGCCAUAAGUGAUGCAGUGAAGAGCUUUCAAGAAAAUGUUCAACUCUUCUAUUCUGGGAUCAAUGAUGCUAUAGAUACUUCGAUUACUAAGCUCAAUCAUACUCUAAACGAUGCUUACAAUGAGAUUACUUCUUCAUUUAUGAAUAACAUCCAGAGUGCAACAGAUUCUUUAGUUUCUUCAGUUGACAAGACUGGAGAACAAGCCAGCAGCAAAGUGACGGAUGUUUCGGGUGGACUUAUAGAAGCUACAUUUAAGGCAGGUGGUUUGACUGUUUUUUUCCUGAGAAAAGGAAUAGUUGCUGUAGAAGAUGCUCUCGAAAACGUUGGUGACCUUUUAGGUGAUUCUUAUGGAUCCAUCAAGAAUGCACUGCCUUCAGAGGCUCAAGCUGCUGUGACUUUAUCUGAAGAAAAUGCUAAGCAGAUUCUUAGGCCUCUACUAGCUGCCUUCCAAAAGGUAUAUUUAGCCAUUGAAGGGCUAGAGAGAAACGUUGGUCUGGACCCAAACGAUCCAAUUGUUCCAUUUUUAUUGCUUGUUGGCAGUACUGCCUCACUAGGGAUUGUAUAUUGGCUAUUCAAUUAUGGAGGGUACUCUGGAGAUUUAUCUCCUGACUUGGCUCUGAAGGAACUCACAGAGGAACAAGGAACUGUGCUUAUCGAUGUCAGGCCUGAGGAUCUAAGGGCAAGGGAUGGUGUUCCUGAUCUACGUCGAGGAGCAAGGUUUAGAUAUGCUUCUGUGGAUCUACCCAAGCUAGAUGAUUCAGUAAGGAAGCUGCUCAAGAGUGAUAUUGAUGAAAUUUUGCUUGCAGCAGUUGUCCGGAACCUGAAAAUUGUCAAUAAUAACUCCAAGGUCAUAGUUAUGGAUGCUGAUGGUUCUGAGUCCAAGAGCAUUGCAAGAUCCUUAAGGAAACUUGGUGUUAGGGCAACAUACCUCCUUCAAGGUGGUUUUGGAUCCUGGGUGGCAAAUGGCCUCCGUAUCAAAGACCUGAAGCCAGAGACUGCAUUGACAAUCUUGAAUGAGGAAACAGAGGCUAUACUAGAGGACAUCAAGCCAACUCCCGCAAAAGUUUUUGUGGCUGGUUUGGGGCUCAUAGCAGCAAUCUAUGCCAUUACAGAAUGGGAGAUAACACUACAAUUGAUUGGUAUCAUUGGCCUUGGACAGGCACUCUAUCGAAGAGUUUCUUCAUAUGAGGAUAGUGAGGAUUUAAAAGAAGAUGUGAGGUUAUUGCUGUCUCCUGUUCGAUUUGGAGCCCAAGCACUUGCAUGGACGAUGACGAAACUGGAGCCUAACAAAGUUGGUCUGCCAACAUCUCCAUCAACAACUGCCGUACAAAACAGGGUUCUUCAAGCGGCAGCAAAACAUGGCACUUUGCCACUUGAACUCGAGGAUGCACAAGAUGCCACAUCCCUAGGCGACUCAAAUCCAUCAUCGUUGAAGGACAACUUGGACCCUACGGAAGCAUAAUAUAUGUGCAUGACUGCCAAGUACCUAUUGUAUGAAAUGUUUCUCUGCAGUCAAAUGAUUAAUGUAUGAAAUAUCCAUUUUUUUCGGUUUUUC